AUGCACAUAGCUCUGGUCACGCCUAUAAUUUGUUUGUUGCUGCAUGGGAAGAUCGAGUUUACUCUCACAUUGGAAGCUUCCUCCUCUUACUCCUCUUACUCCUUGUCCUUCGCGAAGAUCAUCAUCAUCACCAUCAUCACCAUCAUCAUCAUCAUCAUCAUCAUCAUCAUCAUCAUCAUCAUCAUCAUCUCUCUUGUCGCGUCUUCUUCUUCUUCUUCUUCUUCUUCUUCUUCUUCUUUCACUGUUUAUAGGCCUAUGAAGUCGUCGUUUUUUCCUUCUCUUUCCUUUUUAAAUCUCUUUCCUUUAUUUUUCUUUUAUUUUUCGAGUCAUUCUCCUCUUCUUGCCUUUUCUUUCUUCUUUUCUUCCUUUGUUUUAAAAUAUUUCCAUUUUUCUUUCUUUCUUUUUAUUUCGCAGUUUGACCCUUCUAUUUCUUCUCUUACUUUAUGUUUACAUGUCUAUAAAUUCUUCAACUUUUUCUUUAUUUAUCUAUAA